AUGAGAGUCGAAGAGUACAGGCACCAGGUUGGGGGCCACUGCAAACUGAUAAAACCGAAAGACUCAUCGAAAGUGUACAAACCCCUUAUAGAAAAUGAAUACAUUUUCUAUGAGAAGUUAACGAACUUUGGAGCGUCUUCCGCGGAGUCGGGUCCGUUACACAUUUUGAAAAAAUUCAUCCCCAAGUUUUAUGGAGUGACUGAAAUCGUCGUUGAGUAUUCCUCGUCGUCCGAGAUGGAGGACAACUUACUUAACAAACAUAGAAGGAGAAUUGAGCUGAGUGGUAGUAAGGGUCGGAAAUAUUUCAGUUUGGGCGGGCGCGAUCAGACAAACAAAGUGGAGGAUCAAGCUGCAAGCGAAUCGGCAAACGAGCUGCCAAACCAGCCGAUAGCCAAACCGCCUCAGGGCGAGCCCGAAAAGGGAGAAAAAGACACGAAAAGUGACAAGUGCGCCAAGGGGAAGAAGCGAAAGAAAUGCAUUCCGCACAUCGUGUUGGAAGAUCUCGUGUAUGGAUUUAAGCGACCAUGUGUGCUGGACAUCAAAAUGGGGAAAAGACAAAGAAAAAUAGGUGCCUCCUUAGAAAAAAGAAAAAGACAAGUAGAAAAAAGCUUUAGGACAACUAGCCAUUCUCUAGGAUUUAGAUUAUGCGGUUGCCAACAUUACAACAAAAUAAAUGACAAAUUAUUUUAUAAAGAUAAAUAUUGGGGUAGAAAUUUAACAAAGGAAAACAUCCCAUGGGCAAUUCGAAAUUGGUUUGGAAAUGGUAUCUUACUGUACGACGAAUUGAUUCCAUUACUUCUAGAAAAAUUACAUCGAUUUUUUAACUGCAUAGUGGAGUUACGACACUACCGCUUCUGGUCUUCUUCCCUUCUCUGGGUUUUUGAUGGCGGACUAAAUGAUGAAAAAGCGAGGUCAAAUUCGCUAGACAUACGAAUGAUAGAUUUUGCCAAUACCAUUUAUUUGCAAGAUAACCCAUCGGUGGAUGAUGAAUAUAUCUUUGGUCUUAAAAACUUAAUUCAUUCCAUGCAGAUCCUAAAUAACACCAUUCAAGGGUUGCAUUUUUUGCCCCAAGAACUUAGGACUUGUUUUUAUUCUGAAAAUUAUAAACCUAAGGAGAAUUCCUAUCAUCCCAUUUUUAAGAAAUCCAAGUCAGCCAUUUUGGAAGAGAACUUGAAAAAAAAAAAAAAAAAUCUGUACAUAAAUUUUGAAUUUUUAAAAAAUGCCAAAGCGAGACGGAAAAGUAGUAACGUCUAUUCGAGUCACAUAACAGGUGCAUUGGCAACCCAGUUGGCGGAUGGAUCCACAAAAGGGACAAGUGAUGACGGAUUAGCAUUUCAAUACCUUAACAAAUUUAUGGCGAAAAAAAAAAAAAAAAUUUCGAAUGAAGGACAAUACUUUAGUAACUCCGAUUGCCCCAUCGGGAACGAGAUGAGCCUCUCUCCGUGUAGCACUCCUGUGCGAAGACUCCACAACAAAGAGCUGCGGUUCAGUGGUUGGUUAGAUGAGGCGAUUCCUGGAAAUGGUACCAACCGAACUAGGAGAAAUCCCCAUUUCAAUAUCCCCCUUAUGCCUCCUACCAGCGUUGACCACACGGAUGAUGAUCCAACUUCAGGCAAAAAUUCGUAUGGAAGCGAUCUCCAGGAACAGGCGAAUAUGACCACGUUUAGCGAAAGUGCACACGGGCUCGUGGGAAAUGACGUACUAGGGUUAGAGGAACUUCAAGUAGGCCACAACCGAAGGAGUGACAACGACGGGGAAGUGCCCUCGAGGGGGAAGGAACCCUUUUCCCCAAUAUGUUUGAUCAAAGAUCCCAAACGGGCGCACCCCGUCGGUGAAGACGAACUUGCAGAAGUGCCUAAAAAGGCAGAUAUCACAACUAAACAGAAGGAGACAUCAGAACAAGGGACAACAAAUAACCCCCUCGAUGAAGUAAAAACCGAACAACUCGAUGCGGGGCAUAUUGAUUGUGAUCAUGCCAUCACAACUAAGCAUGGAAGUGAUGGGAGGAAUCGGCAGACAGGAGAAAGCGCAACUGAGAUGAAUGAAGUACAAACAAAUUCUUCUUUGAAAAGUACAAAUAAAAAUUGCCAUCUCGUAAAUCCCACCAAGGAAGAAGAAGAGGAAGUAACAAAUGGAGUAACCACAACGGGACAAAUUCCCCAAAGUCAGGAUUGCCAAAAAUGUAUGAACAAGGCAGCUAAAACACGUCCUAUUGAUGACAAACGAUCGUACAGCAAUGUCCCGCUGCUUCAGACUCGUGAAAACGUUUCCUCUAUGUCAGGAAAGAAGAAUUUAUUUGGAAAGGGCAACUUAGAGGAGAGGCACGAAAACAAUGCGUAUGAACAAGUCAUACAAGAAGUUAUAGUCAAGACGUUGAAAGUCACCUCCAGGUAUAGCAAAAGGGAGAAAACUUCAUCCGUUGACGUUGCGAAUAAGACUCCUGCAAAUAGGAACUGCACGAACGUGAUCGAAGAUAAAAGGAAAGACGAUGGGUGCCGCCACCAGGGUGAGCCAAAGAGACACGAAAAUGCCUUUACAAAUUUUUGUGAGUCAGGGGAGAAAGGUCCACCUUACAAGCACGAAUAUAUUUUGUCAAACGACGGGAAUAGAAAUGAGGUCGCACAGAAUGGGGAUGAAAGGAGCGAUCGGAAAGGACACGACGCGGAGGUGGAGAAAAAGCAGCAAAACAAAGUCGGAAAAAAUAAUGAGCAGGAAGACAGGAAAGACACCAAACAAAACAUGGGUAAGAGAGGAUUACACACCCAACAACACACACAAGGGGGUUUAAACCACAACAUGCUCAAAAAAGGGGAGCAUCCGAUUGGAAGCGCACUGCAGCCAAAACUCCCAAACGGUUCGUGGACGAGAGAAACAAAAUGGAAUAUUCUAAGGAGAAACAUAAACCUGAAAGUGUUCAUAAAUCAUAUGAUUAAGAAAGAAAUUAAGGAAAAAAAGAAGACACAGGAGUAUCUGUACCUUUUAGUGAAGGGUAGAAAUGAACUGGACCUCCGAUCCUUGCGCAGGGAACACUUCUCCGAUAGCAAUAGGGACGCGGUGGAAAUUCCAUCCACCCCAAAAAUGAUUUUCCCUAACUAUACGGUUCCUAAUCAACAUUAUGUAACACCCCCUAUUGAGUCCUUACCAAAGGGCGAUUCUAUUUGCGGAAUUACAGAAGGUUUUAACGUCUUCACCCCGGAGUAUAGGAGCAACCGAUACGUUCACUCCGUCAUCAGCCAGAGGAACAACACACACAUCGAUCGCACCACAAAUAACCAAACAGAUUAUAACCCAUGUCGGGAAAAGAGCCUGAUAGUACCCCUGACAGACACGAAUUCCAGUGAGAAGUACCUUCGAAGGUCCCUGUCCGAACCCAACUUCUACAAAUUUGGCUACUUCAGAUGCAUUCUUAACGACUUUUAUGGCACGAAAAUUAAUUACAACAGUUUGGUUGCAAACAGGUUGGAUAAGAUGAGUAAGGUUCCAAUUUACAACCAGAUCUAUGGAUUCACUUCCAACUCGAGCGACCUGGAUUCGUCCGAUGGAUCAUGGGGCUACUAA